AUGCCGAACCAGAAGAGCAGCAAGGGCAAGAAGAACAAGCGCGCUAACAGCAGCGGGGACGAGCAGGAAAAUGGAGCUCUGGCCCUGGCGGCGGCGGCGGGCGCAGCGAUGGGAGCGGCGGCCGCCGCGGCCGGGGCGGCUGGAGGAUCGGGAGGAGCAGUGGCCGCGGCGGCGACGGCCGGAGGCGGUGGCGGCGGCGGAGCGGUGGCUGCAGCCGGCGCGGCUCCCAGCGACAGCAAGAGCGAAGCACCUUGUGCUACUCCACUGAUCUGUAGCUUUGGAAGGCCUGUUGAUCUAGAAAAAGAUGACUACCAGAAGGUUGUAUGCAACAAUGAACAUUGUCCCUACAGCACCUGGAUGCACCUUCAAUGUUUUUAUGAGUGGGAAAGCAGCAUUCUUGUUCAGUUUAACUGCAUUGGCAGAGCAAGGAGUUGGAACGAAAAGCAAUGUCGUCAAAACAUGUGGACAAAAAAGGGAUAUGAUCUUGCUUUUCGCUUUUGCUCCUGCCGAUGUGGGCAGGGUCACUUAAAGAAAGACACAGACUGGUACCAAGUGAAGCGAAUGCAGGAUGAGAAGAAGAAAAAGUCGGUGUCGGAGAAGAGCACAGGCAGGUCCAUGGCAGAAUCUGUGGAAGAUGCUAAAAAGUGCAGGCCUGUCAACAAGCCACAAAAAGGUUUAAAUCAUGAUAUCCAGCGAAGGCAUUCGAUGGACAGGCAGAACUCUCAAGAGAAAGGCAUAGUUAGUGGGAGCUAUGCAGUUCGUUCUCCCUGUGGCUCUCCUGGCCAGUCCCCUCCUACAGGCUACUCUAUUCUUGCCCCUGCACAUUUUAGUGGCCCUCGUUCGUCACGAUAUUUAGGAGAAUUUUUAAAGAAUGCCAUUCACUUAGAACCUCAUAAAAAGAACAUGACUGGUGGUGGCAUGUUCAGGAAUGCCCAUUUUGAUUAUGGGGCAUCUGGAUUGCAAGUGCAUAGAUCAGGACAUUUUGAUGCCCCUGUGCAAUUUUUAAGAAGGCUUGACCUAUCUGAGCUACUUACUCAUAUACCCAGGCAUAAAUUGAAUACUUUCCAUGUGCGGAUGGAAGAUGAUGCCCAAGUGGGUCAAGGGGAGGACCUACGGAAAUUUAUUCUUGCAGCACUUAGUGCCAGCCACAGGAAUGUUGUAAACUGUGCGCUGUGCCACAGGGCACUGCCCGUAUUUGAACAGUUUCCGCUAGUGGAUGGAACCCUGUUUCUUAGUCCAUCGAGACACGAUGAAAUUGAAUAUGAUGUUCCCUGUCACCUUCAAGGAAGGCUUAUGCACCUCUAUGCUGUUUGUGUCGACUGCUUAGAAGGAGUUCACAAAAUUAUCUGCAUUAAGUGCAAGUCCCGAUGGGAUGGAAGCUGGCAUCAACUGGGAACCAUGUAUACCUAUGAUAUUCUGGCAGCCUCUCCCUGUUGUCAGGCUCGACUGAACUGUAAGCACUGUGGAAAGCCGGUAAUAGAUGUACGGAUUGGGAUGCAGUAUUUCUCUGAAUACAGCAACGUCCAGCAGUGCCCGCACUGUGGAAAUCUAGACUACCACUUUGUGAAGCCAUUCUCUUCAUUUAAAGUUCUGGAGGCUUAUUGA